AUGACACAGACUUCUGCUAGUGGGGCAUCAUCGGAGAUCCCUGAUACAUCUUCAAGUUAUGAGUUUAACUCAUCAUCAUCAAUGGAGCGUCCAAUGGGACAAAAAGCAGCAAAAAGGAAGGGUAAGGCAAAGGAAAUUUCAAAUGCAACGCAAGAUGCAAGGAAUAAAAGAGCAGAAACAAUGGAAAGACUUGCGCAAAGUAAGGAGGACGAGAUAGAAUUAAAGGUAAUGCAAAUCAUGAUGAAAGACACUUCUACUAUGAACGAAAGUCAACGAGAUAUUCAUGAAAAAUAUUGUAAUAAAAUGAAGAAAAAAAUAUGGAUUGUAGUUAGUACCACUUUAAAUUAUAUGUAA